CCUCCCUCCCCCGCGCUGUUCCCUCCUUCCCCCUGACGGACGCCACCUCCCGGAAUAGCUUUCUUUUUUUUUGAGCUGGCUUCUUGCUGACGGGGUGUGGAGGGGCUGCGAGUGCUGGAGGAGGCGGGCUGGAAGCACGGAGGCCGGUCGGGCGCCAUCUGCUCGCUGGAGCUCACUCUGCAAACUCCUGUUGAGCGUGUGCGUGCAGAACCUUGUUCCAGUGGAAAGUGGAAUUCUUGCCUUCUCAGACGUGAUUUCUCUGAGUCACUUGACUUUUCUCCUGAGAGUGGGAGGAGGGAGAGACUCCCCUUCAGGGGCUGCCAAAGGUAGGGAAAAGACUAUGGAUAUGAGGCCCCCCUGCCCCCAGACAUGUGCGGGGAGUUGUGAUAGAGAAAUUUUGGGGCCAUGGGCACAGCUUUGAAGAGAGGGCUGGACAGCAUCUCUGGGUGCUGAGACUUGCCCUAGGGGCUGAGAAACUGAGCUGCUGGGUCAGGCCUUUGUUUGCUAGUACGGUGUUGGACAUCCCAGUCCUGGGCAGGACCCUCUCCUCUUUCUCUACCACUGGCCCAGCCAUGGCACUGAAAGGCCGAGCCCUCUAUGACUUCCACAGUGAGAACAAGGAGGAAAUCAACAUCCAGCAGGGUGAGAACUUGAUCAUCUUCAGCGAGACCUCGCUGGAUGGUUGGCUGCAGGGCCAGAACAGCCGCGGUGAGACAGGGCUCUUCCCCGCCUCUUAUGUGGAGAUCAUCGGCUCUGGUACCAGCUUCAACCAUGCUGACUACUCCAGCAGCCCUGCGGGCUCUCCAGGCACCCAGGUGAGCUUGUACAACAGCCCCAGUGUGCCCAAUCCUGGGAGUGGUGGGGGCAGUGGCUUCCUCUCAAACCACGGCAGCUUCGAGGAUGAUGAUGAUGAUGACUGGGAUGACUGGGACGAUGGAUGCACAGUGGUAGAGGAGCCACGGGCUGGUGGGCUGGGCACCAAUGGGCACCCCCCACUCAACCUCUCCUACCCUGGUGCCUACCCCAGCCAGCACAUGGCCUUCCGACCCAAGCCACCCCUGGAGCGGCAGGACAGCCUGGCAUCUGCCAAGCGAGGCAGUGUGGUGGGGCGCAACCUCAACCGUUUCUCGUGCUUUGUGCGCUCUGGAGUGGAAGCCUUCAUCCUGGGUGAUGUGCCCAUGAUGGCCAAGAUCGCUGAGACAUACUCCAUUGAAAUGGGCCCUCGUGGCCCUCAGUGGAAGGCCAACCCCCACCCAUUUGCCUGCUCUGUGGAAGACCCCACUAAACAGACCAAAUUCAAGGGCAUCAAAAGCUACAUCUCCUACAAGCUCACACCCACCCAUGCUGGCUCCCCUGUCUACCGACGCUACAAGCACUUUGACUGGCUCUAUAACCGACUGCUUCACAAAUUCACUGUCAUCUCUGUGCCCCACCUGCCAGAGAAGCAGGCCACAGGACGCUUCGAGGAGGAUUUUAUUGAGAAGCGGAAGCGGCGGCUCAUCCUCUGGAUGGACCACAUGACCAGCCACCCCGUGUUGUCCCAGUAUGAGGGCUUCCAGCAUUUCCUCAGCUGCCUGGAUGACAAGCAGUGGAAGAUGGGCAAACGCCGGGCAGAGAAGGAUGAGAUGGUUGGUGCCAGCUUCCUCCUCACCUUCCAGAUCCCCACAGAGCACCAGGACCUGCAGGAUGUGGAGGACCGUGUGGACACUUUCAAGGCCUUCAGCAAGAAGAUGGACGACAGCGUCCUGCAGCUCAGCACUGUAGCAUUGGAGCUGGUGCGCAAGCAUGUGGGGGGCUUCCGCAAAGAAUUCCAGAAGCUGGGCAAUGCCUUCCAAGCCAUCAGUCAUGCCUUCCAGAUGGACCCCCCCUUUAGCUCUGAGGCUCUCAACAGUGCCAUUUCUCACACGGGCCGUACUUAUGAAGCUGUUGGUGAGAUGUUUGCUGAGCAGCCCAAGAAUGACCUCUUCCAGAUGCUCGACACACUGUCUCUCUACCAGGGUUUGCUCUCCAACUUCCCCGACAUCAUCCACCUACAGAAAGGCGCUUUUGCCAAGGUCAAGGAGAGCCAACGCAUGAGUGAUGAGGGCCGCAUGGCUCAGGAUGAAGCAGAUGGCAUUCGCAGGCGCUGCCGUGUGGUGGGCUUCGCCCUGCAGGCUGAAAUGAACCACUUCCACCAGCGCCGUGAACUCGACUUCAAGCACAUGAUGCAGAGCUACCUGCGCCAGCAGAUCCUCUUCUACCAGCGGGUAGGCCAGCAGCUGGAGAAGACGCUGCGCAUGUACGACAACCUCUGACCUUGAGUACCUGGCCCCACCCCACCUCUGGCCUGGUCACUGCAGUAUACUCUGGUUUAUAGACCUCCUGCACCAGCAGUAGCUGGGGGUGGGCUCUGGAACAGUCAUGGGUACGCCUGGGGAAGUCCACCCCUUAAGAGGUGGGGCACAGCAGGGACGAGAAUGAGACCAGGAAUCCUGCUGGCUGAGGCCUGGGCCACAGGUCGGGCAGUCACUUGAGGCCAGGCCAGAGUCUUAGCCAACUGUAGAGCCUCUAGCGCUUGUGCACAUGGCCACCGCCCCCUCAUUCUCUCAGCAGAUACUGGGGCCUUCUGGGGCCCUGGGUCAGAUGCUGAAUACCCAGGCUUGUGACACACCUGCCCUCAGGGUGUCCCCAGUCAAGGUGGGGAUCAGACAGAAAUAGAUGGGGUAAUGCAGAAUGACCCAUGGUAAACAAGGGUUUCCUGAAAGCUCAUAGAGAGGACCACUCAUUCUGCAGGUCAGGAAAGACUCCAUAGAGUAGCUGACAUUCCAGUGGUGUUUUGAAGAAUGACAAGGACCUGCCAGAUAGUAAAGGAGGAAAGUAGAUGGGGAGGACAUUUGGAAGAGAGGGACGGCAUGGGCAAAGGUGUGGCGGCAUCUCUCCUUCACCUUUUCCCCAAGCAAGUUUGCUACCCUACCUUUGUGGGGAAGGAUCUUCCUUGCUCCCAAGUCUCUGUCCCACUGCAGGGUGUUGCAGGGCAACAGCCUCCUGACUCCCUUCACCUGCUAAACCCCCAACACCCCUUGGUUAGGGGACCAUGCAGCAUCUUUUCCUUGGGCUCAAGGUGCUAAGACAAGUCACCAACUCCAGGGUCCUGGUUCUAUCUUUCUGGAGGGGCCACCCAAAAGGUACCAGAUAUUUGAGUUCACCAGCAAUAGCUCCUUACACUUCAGCAGGCUUAGACCCCAGUCUCCUAAGGUCCUUGGCAAUAUGAAUCCCAGAAUCCUUCCUGGUGCACAGUGGGAAACCCAGGGGGAAAAGAGAGAUUGGCUUACCCACCGCCCCAGGGACCCUGGGCCCACCCGCCAUGGCCAGCCUCACUUUGAUGCCCACCUGGGUCCUGGCCAGUUGUGCUGUCUCCCACCCAUGUUUAUGUCCUCAAGGGGGCUACUCAUUCCUCCCAGGCCAGGGCAUGGUCCAGCAGCAGGUUGGGUGGAACUGACAGGUGCCACUGCUAGCCCCUUCCAGGAGGUCAUGGCCAUUCCUGGCUGCUGCUGCUUGAGUAUUUUUUCUUGUUUUCUUGAUAAACUUUUUAUAAUUAAGAUAACAAAAACAUGACUUUUUAAUUUAGAUCUGAGAAGGGCUAAGGGUGGGGGAAGGAUAGAACCCUAGUUGUCCCUGUGGUCAUGGUAGGUACAAAAUUUGCCCCAGAACCUCAGUAGUUGGGGAGGGCUGUGCUGGUGGGAGGUGCUAUCUAGGGAUCUGGAGGUGGCCAAGAACCCCAGCUGGAUGCACAUCCUUCCCAGACGGUUCUCAAUCUCAUUUCAUAAGCAGUGGAGAACUGCCAGGGGUUUGGCUGUGCUGCUCUGAUCUAGGGCUGAGGGUUGCAUGAGAAAGGGAUAGGAGACCAUGUUCCAGGACAGUCUGACUGAUGGGGUUCCUCACCUUAGGGCGGCCCCAGUCCAGGGGAAGGGGGUAGAGCUCAGAAACUGUGUCCUUUCUUAGGCAGUCCUGGGUUCCCAGCCAUAUGGUGGCUUCCAUGUUGAAAACUGAGGAGGAUGCCUCAGCCCUGCCCUUGGGGGUGCCCCAGGCAGGAUGAACAGGAAUCUUGAACAGGAUGAAAAAGAGAAGUGUGGUGAAACCACUGUGUUCUUUCAGGGCAAUGGGGACUUGGUGGAGGGAGGAGUGCCCUGGUCCAGGCAUCCAGGGAGGCUUUGGCUGGGCCAGGGGCUAGGGUAAGUGAGAUGAGAAAAGGGAUGGCAGGUGCAGUGGGGGAGGGGGCAGCAAGGGCUCCCCAUUCAGGGCAGAAUGUCCUCAGAGGAACUUCUGGAAUGGGCCCUUGACCCUGAGUCAAAAUUAGGUCAUAUUUGGGACUUCCUGUGGAAUUUUUCCCUCCCUCCUCCCUGCUCUCCUUCCUUCAUAUCCAGCCCCUCUGAGGACCUUCCCCCUUAAUUUCUUCUCAGCUUUGACCUCUAGAUAGCCUCCUGCAGAGAGCAAUCUGACCACAGCAAGGGGGCUAGGAGUGGGUUGGGGGUGGGUGGCAACUUCUUGAGGCCAGUCUGGGUAGGGUAGGAAUGCUCUUCUUAACCCACAGUGCCUGGAAAGUCCCCAUUCAUGCUUCUUACCCUGGGUCUGCCCUCUUGUGUCAUUUCCUUGUGUCCCUGUACCUCCUAUUCUCAGGGUAAGGGAGUUGGCCUGACACCAGGUCAGCUUGGACCUAGGAGAAGAACCCGAAAUAUGAAGUCUUGGGAUGGACUAGGCCUACUCCAGGCAUCCUGAGGUCUCUAGGCUGAGAUAGCGUGUCUGUGGUGGGACUGAGAAUGUCAUAGCCCCUCUCCCCGGUUUUUUCUUUUUUUUCUCUUUUUUUCUAUCUAUGUGUGGGAUGGGGUGUUGGAAUUUGAGAUCUGUUGGGGCUAGCCAGAGCCCUUUUCUGCAGGGGACUGGAGGAAUGGUGUGGGGGAAUAUCCUGGUACCUGACCUCAGUCACAUGCCAGGCACAUGUUCCAGACUGAGCUGGGCCCAGCUGUCUCCAGUUCCCUCCUUCAUUUUGCUCUGAGGGAGAUGAGAAACAAGGCUUCUCUUUCUGCCCUGGGCAACUAUAAGGACCUGUGGGUGGGGGACCCCUGAUACCCAGUCUUGGCCCAGACCAGGAAAGGAGUCUAUUUUGUGGCCACAUGUGGGGUGUUGGGGAGGUAGGUGGUUCUCUUGAGAAUCCUGCAUCUUGCUGCCUCUUGGACAGAGGAGGAAUGUGAACCACUGUGCCAUGGCUGGAGCAGAGCCAGGCCUGGGGGAGACAGGUGGUCCUAAGCCCAGUUUCCCACCACCCCUCCAUCCUAUGGCACAGCCAUACAGUCAUCCACACAUCCACUUGGUCCCAGACACUGUUACCCAAUCCGAAGCAGAUAUAACCACACAGCCACGCAACUUCCCCACAGGCAUGUAUGCCACUCCUGGUCACAUACACAUGUAUGCAUGGUCAUGUGCUCUCACAAUUGCACUUCUAUCCAUGGUACCACACACUGUCACACAUUCAUGGCCAUGUCCACAAUUAGCCUUGUCCACAUAUGUCAUCUGUUCACAGCGUCAGUCUCAGCUAUGUCAUCACUCAGAACCAUACCACAGUCUCAUACGCACAGUCACCCUCACACAGUGAUACACACAUAGUCACAUGUGAACAUAACAAAGGUGUCACACACAAGUAGCUGCACCUGUACUACCUUCUGGAGGAGUCAGCUGGGAUCAUCCAUCGCCCAAUACCACCACAUUCAGUUCUUGAUUGCACAGACAAGGAACUUGAGGUCUAGUGAGGGGUGGCAGCUGGCUGUAUCACCCAGUGUGCCAGGGGAUGCUUUGGGCCAGAGUUCAGCUCCUGGUAUGCUCUGUGGCCUGGCCUUGUACACACCUGGCCCGGUCUCUAGGCUGCCUUUGAAGGCCUCUGGCUAAAGCCACCAAACAAAGCUCCAGGCAUCUCCCAUCUCUUGAGCCAGAGCUGAGGCUGCUGCAUCCACAAGAGCCAGUAUGCAGUGGGUAGAGCCCAGGCCUUGGGCUGGAGGAACAUUCCUGCACCAUCUCCCCAAACAAGUGAGAACUGGGCCCGCCCUGCCUGUCUGCUGCUGACUCAGACCUCCAGGAGCCAAGCCUGCUCGGCUCCCUGCCACCCCUCUGCAAACCUGCUUCCCCACCAAUUCGGCCCCUGUACCUCUCUCCACUGGCCAGGGCAGAAAGAGUCAGUUAGCCGUAGCAAAAAGACCAUGGGGAACAAUAAAAAUUCACCUCGCCAGAGAGAGCUCAGAAAGGCUGAUUUUGAAAUGCCUCUUCGGAGUUCUAUGUAGCUUAACACAAGUCUUUUUUCCUUGGGUUUUGUUUUGUCAAAGCCUAAUGCAGCCCAGUCUGUUUAAAAAGCAGUGUCUCACGCAGCUGAGGCCUCCUUGGUCCGUACAGCAGCCUUGCUAGGCAACAUUAUUCCAUUUCAUGGGCAAGAGACCAAGACUUGGCCAGAGGGAGGCUAGGACCUGCCUGCCUAGGAUCACAGGAUGAGUCUGAGGCCUCUGGACUCGAACCCAGCUCUCUGGCUUUAUUCCUUAAAGUCACAUGAAUUAACUUACUUAGGUUCAAAGGAAGAGGAGGUGGCAGAUUUCCACUCCAGAAAUGGGAAGGAAUGGGAGAUGGUGAACCCAGCUGCUGAAAUGUGAAGGGGGUUGAGGGUGGGUGGGUCCCUACAGUCCCCAAGGAUGAAGAGGCUGAUGAGGGCAUGGCACUGCAGCAUCUGAGGUGACUCGGGGACUGCAUAACAGAUGAAUGUGUGAGGAGCAUCACUUCAUUUUUCUAUAACUGACCUGAAUUCCUCUCUUGCUUUUUCAUUCCCCCACAUGGUAGAAAAUUAAUCUCAGAUCAAUAUGGGGACCCUUUCUUUCCUGAGGGAUGCAUCUAUGUUUUGGAGGUGGCACACUUGAAUACCAUAGGCAGGCUCUGGGCACUUUGAAUUUUAAAGGUUGAAUCCCACACCCUGUCACACAGUAAAUUUUGCCUGCAUUCCACAUUAAAAGUCAUUAAUAGCCCUACUUGGUUUGGCUCAGUAGUUAGAGCAUUGGCACGUGUACUGAAGGGUCUUGAGUUCGAUUUCAGUCAAGGACACAUA